AUGCACGCAGCGGCCACCCCGCAGUUCUGCACGUUUCAGAUGGUGGACGCCUUUGUCUGUAAGAGCUUCCACCCGCUGCUCGCCAGCUCCUCCGAAGCCGAGGCGGGCCGCCUGGGGCGCUUUGUGCUGGAGAUCCUGCAGGCCAUCUACCGCUGGAAGAGCGAUGCAGCGGUGUACAACGCCGAGUGUCUGGACCACCCCGGGUCGUCCAAGAGUGUGAUGAAGAAGCCCAACAACAACAUGACACUUGACCAGUUCCGCACGAUCAACUGGAAGUGGAAUGCGAAGCUGGUGAAGGUGCUAUCAACCCUGCUCGAGUCCACUGAGUACAUGCACAUCCGCAACGCCCUCACUCUCCUCUCGCGCGUCUCCGCCGUCUUCCCCGUCACCAAGCGCGGCGGGCUCGUGCUCGAGCGCAAGGUGAAUCGCCUCAAGGUGGAGGAGCGGCAGGAUCUGAAACUCAUGGCGACCAGUGUGUCAGCUGCACUCAACGCCAAGAAG